AAAUAAACUUAAUAUUGUGAGAGCAAAAAAAAGCUAUCAUCUUCAUCUCUCUCUCUAUCUUUACUUCUUCUCUCUUUGGUAUUCUAAUUUCAGAGAUGUUUUUAAUGUUUACCCACCGCCUCUGAGACUUGUUGUCAAAGUUCUCUUUGUUUUUGUGCUUUCAUAAACAAACCAAACUAAAACCUUUUCUCAGUUCUUCAUUUCCCAUUUUACUAUAAUCAAACAAACCAUACAUUCCUAGCAUUUUAACAGCAAAUUUUUCAUUUUAUGUUUCUUGUCAAUUAAGAUCUUUUAGACCCAUAAUCUCAUUUCAUUUUGGUUGCUUACCUUUAAUCUUGAAAAUAUGAGUAAAGAAGAGUUUGUGAAGAUUCAGACUUGUGCUCUGAAAGUGAAUAUACACUGUGAUGGAUGCAAGAGAAAAGUGAAGAAAAUACUUCAAAAAAUUGAUGGGGUUUAUACUGUUAAUAUAGAUCCAGAACAGAGCAAGGUGACAGUAUCAGGGGAUGUUGAUCCUGAUACACUAAUCAAGAAACUUGCAAAAAGUGGGAAACUUGCCGAGAUUUGGGGUGUUUCUAAGCCGAAUCCACAAUUAAAUAAUCAACUUAAAAACAUGCAGAUUCAAGGUGGUAAAGGUGGCGGCGGCGGCGGCGGCGCCGCUGGUGGUAAUAAUAAAAAUCAGGGACAGAAGGGGGGUGGUGGAAAAGAUAGUAACAAUAAUGGUAAAAAUCAGGGGCCGCCGGCGAACGGCGGCGGUCCGACGCCGCAGCAAAUUCAGCAGUUACAACAGUUGCAGAAGAUGAAAGGGUUUCAAGAUCUAAAAAUGCUUCCUCAGUUUAAAGAUAUGAAGGUUCCUAAUUUUGGAGGCGCUGCCGCCGCCGGAGGUGGUGGUGGUGGGAAGAAUGGGCAAAAAGGUGUGAAGGUGAUUGAAGAAGAUGAUAUGAGUGAUGAUGAUUAUGAUGACGAUGAUGAAUUUGAUGAUGAUGAUUAUGAUGAUGAUGAGUUUGAUGAUGAUGAGUUAGAUGAUAUUCCUAUGAAAAAACCGGUGGUGGUUGGUGGGAAGAAAGGUGGUGGCGGAGGAGUUCCGGUGGGUGGUCAGAUGGGUAAUAUGAUGAUGCAACCACAGCUUAUGAAAGCAGGGCAGAUUCCCCCGCAGUUUAUGAAGAAUGGUGGGCAGUUGCCGGCGGGGAUUAUGAAAGGUGGGCAAAUGCCACAGGGUGGUGCUCAAAUGGGGGGAAAUGGUGGGAAUGGGGGGAAGAAAGGCGGCGGCGGAGGUGGUGGAAAUGUGCCGGUAAGUGGUGGUGGUGGUGGUGGAGGUAAGAAAGGUGGCGGAGGGAAUCAAAAUCAGGGUGGUGGUGGUGGUGGUGGUGGUGGUGGUGGAGGUGGAAAGAAUGGAGGGAAGAAUGGCGGCGGAGCUCAGGUGGAAGGUCAGAACAAGGGUGGUGGUCAACAAGGGGGUCAAAGUGGUCAACAAGGGGGUGGUGGAAACAUGAGUGGGAAUGGAGGAAAGAAGGGUGGGAUGAAUGAUAGUGUACAUGGCAUGCCAAACAUGAUGAUGGGUGGGGGUGGGGGUGGGGGUAAUGUGGGCCCAAUGGGGAACAUGCCCAUGGGUCAGAUGGGUCCAAGAAUGAUGGGUCAAAUGGGGAAUCAAAUGGGUCAAAUGAAUGCAUCCAUGGCCCAUAUGGGUAAUAUGCAAGCGGUUCAAGGGCUACCGGCCGGUGCCGGAAUGAAUGGCGGUAUGGGUGGUGGUGGUGGGCAUUUUCAAGGUGGAGGACCAGAAGUGAUGGCUGGUAACCCAUAUUAUCAACAACAAUUGGCGAUGAUGAACCAACAAGCAAACGGCGGCGGCGGUGGUGAAAGAUUUCACCCAAUGAUGUAUGCGAGACCACCACCGGCGGUAAAUUAUAUGCAACCACCACCAUAUCAACCUUACCCACCUUACCCUUACCAACACCCACCACAAGGUGACCCUAUCACGCAUUAUUUUAGUGACGAAAACACCUCAAGUUGCAACAUAAUGUGAGGGUGAGAAAGUCCAAUCUGAAUAAGGUUGCGUGGCGGUCAUUGGUUGUCUAUGGUGGUGGUUUGGUGGUUCAGAAGAUGGGGUUAUCUUUAGCUUUAGGUGUUCCCUUUUUUCUUUAAUUUUGUUUUACUUGAUCCUAAAGAUAAAUUAGGGUUUUUUUAUAUUAUGAUCAUAGGGGAGUAAUAUAUAGAUGAUAAUAUAUUAUCAAAAAGCUUAAGGGGGAGAAUGAGAUGUUAGCGACUAAUGAGUCAGUGAGCUGGGGAUGAUGAUGAUCAUCAUGAUGAUGGUGGUGGUGGUGAUGGUCAAGAUCAUGAUGAUAAUUAUGGUUUUAUGAGCUUGAUGUUUAUAUAUGUUCAUAUGUUGAAAAACACAGAAAUAAUAUGAAUAGAAAUUUGGGGGUUUUUAAGAAACAGAACAAUGUUCCCCUCAUUUCUUCCCCCAUAAA